AUGGACCAACAAAUGAGUCAAUCAAUCAAGCUGAGAGCAGCUCUGACCACAAGGAUCAAGGAAAUUAUGGGAAAAUCAUCAGCAACAGGGAUUUUCAGAGGGGGGAUAUUGCAAACUCACCUUCUACACAAAGCAAGAUUAAGAAUUGGACAUGAGCUAGACAGUUGCUUAGCAACACGUGAUGUCAACUUCCAUGCUUCUGCGUCAAUCUCAGAAUAUGAGAUCAAUCGAGCUGCACUGACAGUUGCCCAUGCCAUGGUAAAUCCUUAUUAUGUGGAUUGGGAUGUUGACAGAUUUGCCGAAAUGGCCAAAGUCUCUACACCUAAAUCUGAUGGUCCCCUCGCUAAUACCAAUCAGCUACCAAAGUACUUUUCUGCAGCUAUGAUCGGUAAAAUUUCAGCACCAGCUACUAUUGUGGACAGGCAAGGUAAAAUUUUAACAAUUUACUUGCCAAAUAUUUUGUCUUCUUCUCGGGUUGAAUAUGUGAACUCAGCCACUAAGGGUUUACGGACUUUACUUCUUGAAACAAUUACGUCCUCCACCCAACAGUCUUGGCGAUCUCAAGGCUUUGUUGUCCCAGAGGGGGGUGGAGAAUUUGGAGCAGGCAGAGUCACAGUAUCACCAGCAUAUUUUAUGCAAAGACACGAGAGACUGGAAGACCCAAUGGUUACCUCGGCUUCCUAUAAGUCUGUGGAAGUCCAAGAGUGGCUAGCUGCUUUAUCAGCUACUGAAUCUUUCUGGAAUGCCAUUACCGCUGUAUCGGCUCCAGAUCUAUUCGAAGCAGGCACCUUGGCAAUCACUCGUAUUAUUGAGGAACUUCAAGGUUCUGAUAGAACAUCACCACCCAUCUGUGAUUGGCCCUCGAUCUUCUCAGGAUUGGAAAUAAUUGCAAAUCGUACAACUUUAUCACACAGAGAUUCUGGUGGCGCACCAUUUCUUUUGAUCUUCUGA